AAGCCUAAGCUCAGUUGUGUGCACGCCACCGGUUGGGGCGGACGUCUGCUUGUUAAAAACAACAUACAAAUAUUACGUAUACCACAGUUUAUUACUACUUGGAACUUUAUCAUUUGCCGCUGCAAAAUACGUGUGUGACUAAGUGUAUGACAAUCGCACCAAGGAAUAUCUUAUGUGAUAUGUGAUGCAGCUGUUUAUAUAAAAACUUAAUGAGGAUGUAUGUGUUAUUGGCGAUUAUCAGUUUGCUUAUAAAAGAGUCGCUGUUACUAAGAAUAGUUCGCGUAUCAAUUCCAACAUAUCGGGUGAGAGGACAGCCGGCACAGUUGGAGUGCGACUACGAACUCGGUUCGGACACUUUAUAUUCGGUGAAAUGGUACAGAGAUAACGAAGAAUUCUACAGGUACAUGCCAAAGUUCGACCCACCGAAGCAUGCAUACAAAUUAGAAGGGAUCAAAGUUGAUCUCCAAAAAUCAGAUGACCGAAGAGUGGUUCUACAUCAGCUGAUGCUAAAAUCUAGCGGCGUGUACAGAUGCGAAGUAUCAGCGGAAGCGCCUUCGUUCGCAUCUGCCGCCGAUGAAGGCAGAAUGGAAGUAAUUUAUCUGCCAAGAGAAGGGCCUAGAAUAACCGGCAACGAGCAAGAAAAUAGAAGAGGAGAUACAAUGUUCUUGAACUGUACUUCGGGACGGUCGUAUCCAGCUGCUGUUCUUAGUUGGGAUAUAGAUGGCGAAAAGGUGACAGAUCCAGAUAUGCUUGUGGAAUACCCACCAACGCAUUAUACCCACGGCCUGAUGUCCACAGCAUUGGGGUUGCGUGUCCCCAUUGGCCGAUCUAUGGAGGUCAGGUGCACAGCACGCGUAGCACCAGCGUGGCGUGAAGGCAGUGAAGCCGUGGUGGGGAACAGCCAUCUUGCUGAAAGCAAAGAGGCUAUGCUACUAGUGAGGAGUUCAAGCGAAGCGCCCGCGUUAAACGUAAUGCUGUUAACACUUUGCUUCGUUGUAUCUCUUAGUUUGCUAACACAAUUGGAAACGUGAUAAAUUAUCUUUGAUUUUGUUAACGGAACGUGAUUAGGUGAGCAUGGCUCUCAAUUUAUUUUAUAGACUGGUAACUAAACAGAUUUUAUACAACUUACUUUAAUUAAAUCUAUGGACUUGUUAAAUAUUAUAUUCUUCAAUAAAAUAAAAGUUAUGUCACAUUAUUACAUAUUUGAACAAAAAAUGUUUUGAACGAAUUAAGAAUUAUUAUUUAAAUAUUAGAACUAUAAUUUUGUAAUAUAAUAUUAAAUAUAGAACAGCAAUUUGACUAUUUCUGAUUUCACACUUAUAACUUCCUCACUCAAAUUAUUACAUUUGAGAGUAAUUUUAAUUUCAUUAUCCAUACCCGUAAACGAAUUUCCAUUUUUAUUAUUUAAAUACUUGAUUAUUUUUGUAUCAUAUUAAUUUUAAUUUUUACAAAUUUUCUAUAAUUACAACGAUUCCUUCUAAUUUAUUAUUUUUCUUUAAAUAGGAAAAUAUAUAAUUAUAGCUUAAGAAAAUAAUAAAAACAUAUGUUGUUUUAUUAUUAAAAAUAAUAAGUCUUCGAUACAUAUCUGUAAUUGAUUAGGUAAAUGCUAGCAUUUGUGUAAGUACCUAUGUUUACUUAUUAUUAUUUAUUUAUUAUCUUUAUUAAAUAAAAUGUAUAGGAUUUUAUAAAACAAUUUGACAACCAAGUGUAAAAUUUUUUUUUUUUUUUAUUUUAAAAUAAUACCACUUUUUUUUAUAAUGUAAAUAAUGUUUAGAAACGCCUUCUUAGAUAAUACUUCAACGUAAUGUAAAUAUAUAAUGUAAUUAUACAUUAAAUAGAUAUUAAAUUUUAUUUGUAAAAUAAAAUAACAAAGCGAAUACCUAAAUGAAUUAAUAAUAUGAUUUCUUCUAAACAUUAAAUAUAUAUAAAAAAAAAAAUAUAUAUAUAUAUAUAUAAUAAUAAUUUAAGUAACACAUUAUGUCGAGUAGGUUAUUUAAGUAAAAACUUUAGUGAAGGUAUUUUUGCAAAAAAAGUGAUGUAAUAAAAUCGAUUAAAAUUACCGAAUAAUAAAUUAUUUGAAUCAAAUGGCAAUUAUAUCUAAGAAUUAAGGUAAAUACUAAAUUCUAAACGCUUUGUUUUAAUAAUUCAUUUCAACAUUUAUUUCUGAUGCUAACAGGCGUUAACUUGUCUAAAUUACCACAGAUUAGAUAGUACAUGUCAGUAACAGAAGACUCUUUGUCCUCUGAGAGGAUAUAUUCCUACCUAUGUUCGAUAUUAUAGUUAAGGUCGUUACAAUUUAUUCAGUUUAAACUAUUUUGUGCCCUAUGCGCUACGCUAUUCAUUUAAUAUUCCAAUGAGUAUAAUACUUAUUAUGUGUCAUCAUAGAAGGCUGUUGGUCUAUGGUAGAUCGUAGUAUCUAACGUAAACGCUAAACCCAUCUACCAUUGCAUCAUUGUUAGACUGUCUAUCGAUUACAGUUACAAGAACACCAAAAUUGCAAUACUCACAUUUGUUUCAAUAGAAUUUCGAUACUUCUGUAUUUUAAUGUGUAAUAGUCUAUUACUUUGAAACAAAGAAUAAUUAUUGUCGUGAUGGGAAUAGAAAAAUAAAACUUCAACAAUUUCCAUUACAGUCUUUCUUGAUUUUGUUGUGUUGUUAUUUGAGAACGACCAAAAAGAAUCAAUGUACGCAUCAAUUUUGUUUAAUAAUAAAAUAAUUUCAGAAAAAAGAUUAUUAGUCUACUAACUUUCCAUUAAAACUUGUGUGAAUAACAAAAUCGGAAUCCAGAACAAAAACGAGCAUAAUGUUAUAACUUUACCCCUGUUACACGUGAAUUAUGAAGCGAGCAAUUCAACACGUUAGGAAAUAUUAAUAAGCGGCACCCGAUACAGUUAAGGUGUCUAAACUUUGUAUUGAAAAAAUAUAUAGACGCAACAGGACAAAUAGUAUAAAUAAAACCAAAGUAUAAAUAACCCGAAUUAUGUCUAUUUUCUAACAUAUCACCGAAAUAUAGAGACGUCGUUUUGUGUAGGCAUUUAUUAGUUUUUUGAACUCCAUUUCCAUUGCGACGGUGUAACCGACACAGUAUAUACGUAAUAUAUGUAUAUUUUAAUAAAUAGUUUGAAAGCCUAGUUACUUUUAUCGAAUAAUCACUUAUCAUUAUUUUUUUAAAUAGUCAAUUUAAUAAAUGAAAUUCUAAGACACUGAGGAUAAUUGGCAGUAGAAAUUAAGUUUUAAUAUACUGCCCACUUAUUCCAUCAUUCACCCAUGUCGUCAUUUUUUAAAUAGAAUAUAUACCAUGUUUAAAUUUGAGUCUUUAUUAUUCUUGAUAACCUUGCUAUGUUGGAAAAAUAAGUUUGUUUGUUACCUCUUGGCACCUUGUCCGUCGUCAGUCAUAUCCCUAGUAUUUGAGAUAAAGGGCAUAGAUUUUUUUUUAUACUAGUCCAAUAAAUUCCCAGAUCAGAUAUAUGAAGUCACUAGUGUAACUAGUUUCUUUCAUAUUUACAGCGUAAUUAAAAUUUGUAUAAAACUUUUGCAAUGCAUCAGAGCUUACAAAAUACGAGCUAACUGCACAUUAUUUAUUCUACUAGAUAUGAUAACAUAACGUCUAUAUUGUGGUACAAUAUACUAAUUACAUGUACGAUUGAUAAAUAUUUACCUAACAUUUAUUUGGAAUAAUUAAUCUUUUUGUUUAUAUCAAUGAUAUAAGUUGCAAAUUCACAGUCUCCAAUGUAAUAUACCUUAAUUAGAAACACAUUCGCUUUCGUUGUUAAUGUGUAUUGUAAUUAGCAUUUACUGGCAUACUUUUGUUGAUAUUAUAUAAAGAGAACAAUCUGUUACAAA